UUAUAGCUUUGUGAUUUGAAACGCAUGGUCUUUAAACAUGAUUAUGAACCGUCAUUUUGAAAUGGGAGUUUGAUAUCGAAUGACUGGUAUAAACUAAUGAAAAUCGUGGUUUGUAAUGAAAUAGCAGCAUGUUUUUGCACAAUCACCUGGGGAACGCCUCCAUGCAUUUUGUAUUAGUCUUCUUGACUGCUUUAAGUUCGAGUUAUGUUUUCGCGGAAGAUCGGUGUUCGUCUAACGAGAACAAUUAUUACGACACAAAAGUGAACGUAUGUGCCGUAUGUAAAGAAUGCAAAAAUGGGCAUGCGAGGAAUUUUUCAGAACAGUAUACUGGAUCCACGGGAAGCAAUGGUGAUGAGGGAUGCCUACCCUGUAGGCGGCGUCCCCCAGGUUACUACAUCCGGGUAUCGGGGAGGCAUCCGGCUGUCUUCCACCUGUGUAUGAAUAACUGUACGGCCCUCUUCCGGUAUCAGCAGACGCCGUGCGGAGACUUUACUGACGCCUUCUGCAGCUCAUGUUUUGCAGGCUACCAUGAUGAGACCAAUAAUGUCAAUUUGGCCUGCACCAAAAUGGUUCGGCCAACUACCGCAACGGUUAAGUCAACACUUUCUACCACCCUCAAGGAAAAAGAACAAUGGAUCAAUGACAGUGUUCCAACGUUUGAUGUUCGCAAUAAAGAUUUGGCAGAAGAUGAGCACACCUUGUCAGCUACGCAGCUUACAGUGGUCCUAUCAUGUGGCGUUGUAUCAGUAGCUAGUUGUUUGGCUGUUGUGCUUAUGACGUGUCGGAAGAAACGGCUACAACGAAAAUUGAAAGACAGACAAGCGACAGUGGAGCGUUCCGCGUUGUUGGAGCCAGGCCGUCUGAAUCAUGUUACCAUUACCCUGAAUGGCACAUCCAUCGACCUGACAGCCAACAGUUCGCACGGGCCGACGAAUGUCGAACGCAACUCGUCACAUAUACAAUCGACGGGGGCUACUGAUAGCCAAAAUGAUUUCGAAGUAGCGACUGAAGAACACUCGAUGUCAAUGCCUCUGAUUCGACGCAGCAACGUCGACAAUGGCCUUGAUGACAACCUCAGUGAUCUGACAAUCGACGGGCCGACGACGACUGAUCCCUGUCGGCAAGAAUUGUCCUCGCAAAUGGCGGACGUUACAGACAUCCAUAACGCCCUGCCGCUCGACAUAAAUCUUCCCAUAUCGCGAUCCAUGGAGUGGACGAUAUGUAAGUGCCGCGAACGAAGACAAUGCUCAUGCAAACAUCUUUCUGAACAAUCUAAACACAUAAAGAUGCUUGCCAAGAUGAAUUCAAUAGAUAUUGUCGCCAGGCACAUCUGCCAUGACCCAAAAUAUUUCUUUCAAAGUCUAAAAGUUGUAAACUCCAAAUUUUACCAAACGUUUGUCGACAUGGACAGACGAGAGGAAAGGGCAGAAUCUUACCGAAAUGUCCUUAUAGGAUGGGUCCGGAUACAAGGAGACAAAGCGUUCCUGUCAGAUUUGAUAGAUGCUCUUUGUAAACAUAACUUUCAUGACAUUUGUGAUGUUAUAGCUAGAGAUAUGCAUUACGAAACUCACAUGAAACACAUGAUCUCAACAGAAAUAGGCGUAGUUUAAGGCUUAACCCAUUUAAGCCUAGUGGACUCUCCCAUCCUUCUAAAUUGGAUCAAUUUAUUUCCAAAAUUAGGGAUGUCUAGUAUAAUUAUUUCUAUAUUUAGAAUAUUUCUUACAGAAAUUCAUUCAAGCAAACAGCGCAGACCCUGAUGAGACGCCGCAUCUGGGUCUACGCUGUUUGCCAUGGCCUUUUUUCUAGACGCGAGGCAUACAUGGGUUAAUGCGUAGAUGAUGUCAUUUAUAUGCAUUCCGAUAAACGAAAGGAGUGAAAUUAGCUGCUAAGAAACUAAUAAGUUUGCAUCGGUCCAAAUAUAAACAUCUAUAAAUUUAUCUUAACAUAUUUACACUUAUAAGUGAAAAACCUACAUUUUAGAUAAUUGUUUUUAGCUCAAACUUUCAGUGAAAAUGUAGAUUGCUUCACUGCUACACUUUAAGUAAUCGAUUUCCAAAGCCAAUGGUAUUUUACCUUUGGCAAGCCUAUGUUUAAUCGGCUUUAAGGAAAAAGAACUAUGUUGCAGAAAUUAUUAAGCUCAAGUAAAUGCUUUAUUGAAGGUUAAAUAUAUAAUAUAGCAUACAUUGUUUUGUUUUUUACUGCAUUUAGUCAAUGAAACAUAACUACAAGAUCUACUUACGUUACGUGUAAAAUAUUUUGCAGAAUAUGUCAAAGAAAUCAGGCGGGCGUUAAUGUGCUAGCAUUGACUGCAGCUUUUGAUUCUAGUGUCAUUAUGUCAGAUAUUGUUGUGCACAUUGUGUCACGUGUGUAUUCUAAUGUGUGUUAUUGUUCUUGUUUAUGUUUUACAUUUAAGAGGCUGGUACUCGUUUGUUAAAUAAAUUUCAAGAUAAAAAGACUGACAA